AUGACAACUAAUAUUAAUCUGCACACUACAUUUCUGGAAGUUAAAAAUAACUUUGAGAAUUACUUUGACACAUUCAUCAAUCUAUUGCAUCAAAACCAACCGGAAAGUCUUGGAUUAGUCAGAAAGCAUGUUCAAGAUAUAACAUCGUAUAACUUAAGUAGUGGAAAACGAAUUCGAGGCAUACUAGUUGCAUUAUCCUACAUCGUCUUCAGUAAAGAAAACGAUUAUGCAAAGGAAAUGUUAUCUUUCGCUUACUUCAUUGGUUGGUGUAUUGAAAUGCUGCAUGCAGGAUUUCUUAUUUUGGAUGAUAUAAUCGAUAAUUCUACACUAAGACGUGGUCAACCCUGUUGGUAUCUGACACAGUUAAAUUCGGGUCGUGGACUAAUUGGUGUCAACGAUGGCUUACAUUUAAUUUUAUCAUCUAAGUAUUUGAUCCAUUCUAUAUUUGCACAAAAUCAGAAUGGUAAUAGUCUACCUGUAUGGAAGAGUAAAAGUGAUGUAUAUCUUAAUUUAUGCAAACAAUUUGAUGAAAUUAGUUACAAUACCUGUUGUGGUCAGUGUCUGGAUAUAUUAUCAUCCAAUCCAAAAAAUUUGUGUACGCAUGACAGUGAAGAAUUAGAUCAAUUUUUGCAGAAUUAUUCAACGCCUAAUUUUGAAGCAAUAACAUAUUGGAAGACUGGGUUUUACACUUUUUACCUACCUGUUGCCUGUGGAAUGAUUUUGGCAGAAGUUGAAUCACAGGAUGUUUUCAGCGAAGUUCAGCAUAUCCUUCUGCAAAUGGGUAAAUACUUUCAAGCACAGGAUGAUUAUUUAGAUUGCUUCGGUGACAGUGAAAUUACAGGAAAAGUAGGCACUGAUAUAGCAGAAGGCAAAUGUUCUUGGCUGAUUGUGGAGGCUUUGAAACAUCUUUCAACUGAUCAGCUUAAAAUACUUCAGGCGAAUUAUGGCAAGUCUGAUGCUAAAUCACAAGAAGUAGUUCGGAAUUUGUACAAUGCAGUCAAAUUGCCAGAAAAGUUCCGUCUAUACGAAGAAGAAGUCAGAGCGGAAAUCAUGACAAAUAUUCAAAAAUUUGUAUAUAAAAAUAACUCUUCUUAUGAUCCUCGUGAACUGUUUACUUUUAUUGUAGACUUACUCUUUCAGCGUUCUUCUUAA